AUGUCGAUCACACAAACAUACUUCCUCGCCCACAAGGCUCGGGCAAAGCUCUCUCAUGAGGCUGCCCGGCCUGAUCACGACCUGCGCCUACUGGUCGGCCACGCCAACCUCCUCGACUCUCUGAUGCUGGAUCUUGCCGAUGCCGAGCGGGAACAGGAAUCCUGGUUCAACCAAUCCGUCAGCGGAGCCACGAAGAGCCAGGACAGGCAUAUUCGGUGGGCCGACACCGUCGAGGAGCCCGAGGAAGACUGGCAGGCUGAGGACGCCGACUCUGAUCUAUCAUCGGAUUCGGACAGCGAUUUCGACGACGAGGACGUCGAGAUGGCCGAUGUUGUCUCCCUGAGGCGGGUACCUUCGAACAACAAGCCGAUUCCAACCCUAAGGCAUUCGGACUACGACGACGAAGUGGAGGAGGAUGACGAUGAGGAGGAGGACUUUGCCCAUCUUACCCUGACCCGAUCUCCAUCACACUCGGCAUCACCCCCUGAGCUCGACCAUGAUUCGGACUCAUCAGAAGACGAGUCCAUGCCACCUUCACCGCCAACCGCCCUGCUACCCACGUUCACACAGAAGCAGAAGAAGUCAGACGAUACGACAAGCUACUACGAGCCGAGGCAAGAAGCACAAGGCUCCUUCUACGCAGAAGGGUUCUACUUGCCGCCGCGAAAUCCCGCGAGGCUCGUCUCGGCAAUAUCAGUCUAUUAA